UCAAAAGCGACGAAAAAUAAAGGGAGUAAACUAAACUGGUCGUUGUGAACGAGCCGGCUUAUUCUUAACCGCGGGUAAGAGAAGUUAUCCAUAUCUUUGUCAGUGAUUCUUUAUGAAUCAUAGGUAAGUGAAGUAUUAAGGACCCUAAGAGGUGGGUUUGCAGCUCAAGUGAUUUUUUUUUGCACUGGACAGCGGAAAUAAAUUCAAAUGUUUACAAGUAAGUCAGGAAUCCGAAUGUUUUUAGGAAGAAUUCCUUCAACGAGAGACACAGCGGGUACAGUAAGUGCCGAGGAAAAUACCUCCCAUACCUGUUGCAGGCUGUGUGUUCUAACAAAGAGAAAAAGAAAAAGCUGUUGUCUACUGCAGCCUCUGGAUGGAUGUGAAAGAAGAGAUGUGUGAGACUGACAUGAAUACCCUGGAGAAAAGGGCCAUAAAGGUUAAGGAGGAGGAUUGUGAAUGGGAGUUUGUCCACCCGAAACAGGAGAGUCUUCACAUUAAGGUUGAGGAUUAUGACCUGGAGACAGUGAGCAUUAAAGAAGAAGCCGAAGAGAGGUGGGUCAGCAAUGCGAUGUACAAACAUGAGAGUGUGGAGAGGAUCCAGGAAGACCACCUUCAUUAUGGCUAUCAAGAUGGAGCAGUGACCGGGUUAGACUCUUCUCAAAGCAGAUUCUCUUCAUCUCCGGAGCCUUCUGUCAUUGUGAAGUCUGAAUUAUUACAGUCUGACACACAAAGGACUGAGGAAAUUCCAUCUGUUAAAACCCGGGAAGAUGAGCCACCACUUAAAUCUAAAUCUGGAGAAGGAGACAAACCUCACUGCUGUUCUGAAUGUGGCAAACAGUUCAGCCACAGGUGCACUCUCCUGAGACACACUCGAAUCCACACCGGAGAGAAGCUCUAUUCUUGUUUUGAAUGUGGCAGGAAGUUUUUGCAAAGGAACCACCUCGAGAGCCAUGUCAGAAUUCACACGGGAGAGAAGCCGUACUGCUGCUUGGAAUGUGGCAGAGAGUUUUCAGAGCGGAGCCAUCUUCAAAGCCACACGAAGAUCCACACGGGGGAGAAGCCGUAUUGCUGUUUGGAAUGUGGCAAACAAUUCUGUCGCAGAAACCACCUUUGGAGACACAUUAAAAUUCACACUGGAGAGAAGCCGUAUUCCUGUUCGGAAUGUGGCAAGAAAUUUUUGACAAUGAGCAAUCUCCGGAGCCACAUGAGAAUUCACUCAGGAGAGAAGCCGUAUUCCUGUUCUGAAUGUGGCAAAAAAUUUUUAACGGUGAGCAAUCUUCGUAGCCAUACAAAAAUCCACACUGGGGAGAAGCCAUAUUGCUGUACUGAAUGUGGUAAAAGGUUUGCACAUUUGAACAGUCUUAAGAUCCACUUUAAAGUUCAUUCAGGAGAGAAGGAGAAAUCUUUGAAGUAGCAGAUGGGCAGCUGAAGAACGAAGAAAUGGAGGAAGGAGUGGAAUGGAACCCUCCUACACGCUGAAGUCUGGGGGCUUCAUUGUUUAAGAUCUAUACUAAAUCUUACCAAGUCGAAACUCUUCUUCGAGUGUGAAAAGGAUCCCCAAUUGUUUCUCAGAAUAAAAAGGUGCCAACCCUCUGGCUCAGCAUUUGUGUAGAGUGCUGGUGAUACUGGUAUUGCAGCAUCUUCAGAUUUAGAGAAGACCACCUCCAAUGUCGUGACAAUCCAGUACUGAAGAACAAGACAAGACCACCAAAGCAGAAUUUGAACAUGAAAUUAAGAGGGCUGGACACGGUCCCGUGGUCCUUUUGAAGAUAACGAGGAGGUGGUCUACUGCUACUUCUAGGCAGCAAAUCCAGAAUGACUGACAAAAGAAUAUGCCAGGAGGGCUUGUUUAAAAUUUGAAAUCUACAAAAAGCAGAGCUGUAAAGUAACAGAGUACAACUACUUUGUUACUCAGGUAUUUAUACCUUACUUGAGGAAAUUUAAUUCAUGGCUACUUUUAUUUUAACCCCACUACAUUUUCUUUAGGCCAAAUCUCGCACGUUUUCCAGCAACUUCUCAUUAAUCGUUGCACCAACCAAACUGUUAUGAAUUCAUAAGAGAGACCAAUCAGGUGUGUUGUCAAUGGAGGUGAUGCUCUAGCACAGCCAAUAGAAUGCCGUAUAUCAUUCAGAACAAAAAGCGUCGUUGUGCGCCUUUUGCUCCUCAUUUGGUAAGGUCGUUCCCAAGCUCCCUCCCACUGUUCUGACCUGGAAACUGAAAAUACAUUUUCCCCACAGUCAGAUUUGAACACUUCAUUCAAAGUUGUAAAGCGCAGUGCCUUCUGUGUCUUGCCAGCACCUAAAGAAACAUCAGCUUCCUAGAACUUGCCCUUAAAGAAGCAUGUUGAGGGAAUUUUUUUUUUAGUUGUUUUGUACGGAGCCCCUGAAGUCCCAAAAGUGGUGUGUUGCACAAACAAAGCUUUAUUUGCACAAGUGAUGUGUUCAGGCCACAAGAUAUUUAGGCCGUACUCACACUAGGCACGUUUGUUUUGUACCGAGCCCAAGCACAUUUGUCUCCUAACCCACACCCUACUAUCCCUCUGGCCUGCAGUCACACUGUGCUUAAUGUUCAGGGCCCGGGCACGCUCUUGUCAUCACCAUGCAACUUCGUGUAAAGCCAAAACAAGGUCCGAACACGGAGUGACAUCAUGCAUGUCAAAAUAAUUUUACUUAAUUUUGGGGUAGUUUUGGAGUCAUGCAGGGCAGGAUAACACUCUACUCUCCUACAGACUUGUUCAUUGUGCAGCACAGCGUUUUGCUAUUAAUCAUGUUUGACAUACGAGAAGAUUUUUACGGUGACCAAUGAUGUUAAAGGAGGAUUUUGCAGCUUUUCUUGCCAACUCCAGUUCACAUUUAUGUGUAAGGCGAGAAUAAAAAUCGUGCAAUUCUCAUUUCAUUCAAUAUCUGACUUGUCACUUGUCUGUUUUCCGUGGUUGGGAAUAUUUAGUGAUCAUAGUGUCCCCGAAUUCUACGGAGCCAUGCUCGGGCCCACCUCUUUCAAGCAGGCCAGGGCACGGCACAGUUGGCCUGGCAUGGAGUGAUAACACUAGUGUGGCGGACAGCCAGAACACUUACCCGCCUAGGACGCCCAGAAUAUGGAAGGACUGGGGGAGAGAGAGUAGUUUCAAGGCAGUUUCUCCCCUAGACCAACAGAGGGCAGCCCUCUUGUUUUCCAGCUGGGCCACCGCCAUGGAGCACAUGGACAUUUUCAGAUCCGGAUGUGUGGCCGGAAUAAACUCAUUUGGGUGCCUAUAAAGGGAGCCAGUCCCCACCAUUCAGUGGCCAGAGUCAGGAGGAAGACGACAAAGCCUGAGGAGGAGGAGUGGAGGCAGAUGGGCUGGCGGCAGAGACUGUGUUGGUGAUUUUUGCACUGUAAAUAAACCGUGUGCUGGGUGCAAAACCUGUCUUCUGCCUGUCUGUGUCGGGGUUAGGGUGGCCCUACGUGCCCGAGCUUCACACUAGUCAAAUGAACUAGAUUUUGCGGAGUUACAUGUGGACAAACGUGCUCGGGCAAUCAGAACAAAUUGCCAGUGUGAGUACACCCUUAUUGUGCAAACACUAUCUGUAUGUUGGGCACACCUGAUAUUGUGACAAUUUUUUUUUUUUAUGAGCCCACUUACUGAAAUGCUAGGGGGCACCCAGCUGUAAAAACUGCUGGUUACUUACAGAAGACAGAGUCGGGGGGGGGGUUCAAACAAGACCUUGGAGCCUUCAAGGGGUCAGAGGAGUGCCACUGUCCCUGGAUGCCACUGUUGCGUUGUCCCUUUUAAUGUGAGUGGUAACAGAUGAGGUGUAUACUUUCCUGCAAGCAGAGAGAAGUAUCUUCGUUGCUACUGGAACUCAACCUGCCGACCUUAGUCUAAUCUAGAGUCGUAGUGACCAAGGAAAGCACAGGUGACUUAUUAAGUGAAUGUUGUGUUUUUGCGUACAAGAGUGAACUUUGAGCAGCAAUAUAUUGUCUCUUGGUAAAUUACUGAAGAAUUUCUGCACAUCUUAUUUUAUCUUCCACUGAACUGCAAAGUAUGUGACUUAUUUCUAAGCUGUCCUUAUUUAGUUUUUCUCCCUGAUUCAGGAGAGAGCAUUUAAAUGAAACAAGAGUGGACUCUCGUCCAGAGCAUUCUUCAGUUCAACACGGACUCUCUGAUUUGUAUUUGCCAUUUAAUUUUGUUAUAUUGAAGAUGGAUUAUUGUCAUUUGAAUGCAAGCUGGUUACAUGUGUGAGUACAAUUAUUCUGUAGACUGUAAGUUUUCUAUUGGAGUGCAUUAGAAAUAUGAAUAUGCAUUAGGAGACAACUGGCAUACACCCGGUUAUGUUGGAGAGUUAAUAAUCUGCCUUGACUUUAAUUGUGGUUAAUUCCAUAGUUUACAUAAGAGCUCAUGAGGGAUCAUUUUAAAGGUAAAACUGGGUACCAAACAGGGCAAAGGAAACCAUGGAGAAUUCUUGUUAAAGGUAAACCAUAAUUCUGUAAUUUAAUGUAAUAAUUGCCCCUCUAAAGUCUAUCUUUACUUCAUUGACAUGUAAUAAACCUAAUCUGUGUUGAUUUUU